AUGGGCGGUGUAGUAUCCGCGGUCGCUUCGGCGGUCGUCCGAGCAUUCGCCGGGAUCUUCACUGGGACACCGGACGCGCAGAACCCGACCGUGAACGCGAUCGAAGCAUACCACCACCACCAGGACGAGGAGCGGCGGCAGCGUGUAGAAGAAGCCUACCGGCUGCGGCGUGAUGAGGAGGAAGACCGUCGGAUGAGGGAGCACGAGGAGAGACGGCGGAGGGAAGACGACGAAGACCGUGAGCGCCGCUGGCGCGAGGAUGAAGAGCGUCGUUUGCGCGACGAGGAAGAUCAGAGAGUGAGAGACGACCAUGAGCGAAUGAUGCGCGAGGAACGGGAUCGGGUUACUCGCGAGAUGGAGGAGAUUGCAGCAAGCAUCAGGCAACAGCAGGACGAGAUCAGGGCGCAAGAGGGGGCGGCUAAGAUGAAGGAAGAGGAGGUCGCGAGGAUGGAGAAUGCAGUGGCGGCGAUGGUAGUGGAGACGCGGGAAGCAAAUGAGCGCGCACGAGCGGCGGAAGAGGCCUCUGUCCAGCGGGGAAAGGAGGCGAUGGCAGUUGCGGCCGAGGCACGACGCAAAGAGAACGAGGCCGUUCGGAGACAGGAGCAGUUCAGGCUUAAGGAGGAGACCAGGAGACAUCAGGAGGAUGAGCAGAGAGCUGUACUGCAGGAGCAACUUGAGGCGGCCACAGAAAACCUCAAGAAAGGAAUUCAGCCGGUGGUCUGGCCGACGAGGCAGCAAUUGAACGAAGCCAAGGUCAAAUUCGGUUACCGAAAAGAUAUGUUGCACUUUGCCGUCAGCGGGCCCUCCGGCUCGGGGAAGAGUUCUCUGAUCAACGCCUUUCGAGGUCUGAAGACCAAGAGCCAUGACGCAGCACCAGUAGGAAUCGUCGAAACGACAACCACCAUCACGCGAUACCCGGAUGCUCGCCAGGAGAUGCCAUACCAGCGGUUCGUAUGGUACGAUGUUCCGGGGGCCGGCACCAUCGAUAUGCCCAGUUGGCAGUACUUCAACCAGCAAGGACUAUUUGUCUUUGACUUCAUAAUUCUGGUAUACGAUGCUCGUUUCACCGAGAUCGACGCCGACAUCCUCGAAAACUGUCGCAGAUUCCGGAUUCCCGCCUUCAUCGUCCGCUCCAAGGCCAAUCAGCACAUCCUAAACAUGCUAUACGAAGACGACGACCUGACAUUCCUGGAAGCACGCGAGAAAUACAUCGAGGAAACCCGCCAGAAUCUCGCAUCGAACCUGAAGAAACGCAACCUCCACGACGUCAAUACGCGCUGCUAUAUUGUCUCGAAUAGCAGUUUGUACGAUUUGGUCAAGGCUGCCGAAACUGCUGACGACUCCGGCAAACCGCCAGCACGAAAGAAGAAUCAGGACGCCUACAUCGACGAGGAACAACUGCUUGUGGAUCUGCUCGACGCCGCCGUCAAGCGCCGGUACCAUUCCGCAAAUAAGACGAGGGACUCGCGCUCGCACGUCGCUGUCAGACAGACGCUCACCGCAGCUACCGCCGCAGUUGGCGAGCUUGCCUCGUCCGUGUCGAAGCUCGGGCUCGGAACGUCUUCGGGUUCUUCUACGGUAAAAUAG